CGCCUGAAUCUGUUGUAAAUGUGAUGUGGUUUUGCCUUAUUCUUUCCCAGAUAAAGUUGUACACCAAACAAGGAUCUCUAAAGUACCAGACAGAUUGUGCUCCAAUCAAUGGCUAUUUCAUGAUACCCCUCUAUGACAAGGGAGACUAUGUGUUGAAGAUUGAGCCACCGCUGGGCUGGAGCUUUGAGCCCACCAGUGUGGACCUCCAUGUGGAUGGAGUGACGGAUAUUUGCACCAAGGAGCAGGACAUCAACUUUGUCUUCACCGGCUUCUCUGUCUCAGGAACGGUUCUGAGCAAGGGCCAGCUGCUGGGGCCGGCUGCAGUGGAGGUGAGCCUGCAGAAGGAGGGCGCAGAGGGGACAGUGCAGACGGUGCUCACCCAGCCUGGAGGAAAGUACACAUUCUUCAAAGUGCUCCCUGGGAAUUAUGACAUCACUGCGUCCCAUGAGUCCUGGACUUUGGAGCAGAAGAGCACCUCGGUGCGGGUCUCCAACGCCAACGCCCCGGCCGCUGAAGCCCUGGUGGUGGCGGGGUAUGAUGUGGCGGGGGAGGUGCGCAGUGACGGCGACCCCAUGAAGGGUGUCUCCUUCUUGCUCUUCUCGGCCAUUGUGAAAAAAGAGGACGUGAGCGGCUGCAGCAGAACUCCGGUGGACGGGGUCAUGCUGGACGACGACGCGCUGGCCUUCCUGUGCAGCGCCCUGUCCGGGGAGGACGGCACCUUCAGCUUCCCGUCGCUGGGCAGCGGGCCCUACACCCUGGUGCCCUACUAUAGGGGUGAGCGCAUCACGUUUGACGUGGCUCCAUCCAGGAUGGACUUCAAGGUUGAACACAACAGUCUGAAGCUGGAGCCAAUCUUCAGGGUGAUGGGCUUCUCCGUGACGGGCCGAGUUCUGAACAGUCAGGAAGGCGAGGGGGUGCCGGACGCCACGGUCACCCUCAACAACCAAAUGAAAGUGUUGACCAAAGACGACGGUUCUUUCAGACUGGAGAACAUGACGACGGGGACCUACACCAUCCGGACGCAGAAGGACCUCAUGUUCUUCGAGCCCAUCACCGUCAAAAUCGCCCCCAACACACCACAGCUCCCCGACAUCAUCACCGCUGGCUUCAGCGUGUGUGGGCGCAUCGCUGUCUCUCGUCUCCCAGAGGGCAUGAAGCAGCAAGGUCGCUACAAGGUCACCCUCACCCCCAGCGGUCAGGACAAGGCUGCCACUACUGAGAGUGACCACAUGGGGGCGUUCUGCUUCCAGGCUAGACCAGGAGAAUACAGCAUACAGGUGACUCUUCCCGACGCAGAGGUGCGUGCGGGGCUGGCCCUGCAGCCUCAGGCGCUGGAGAUCUCCCUGGUAGACCGGCCGCUCAGCGACCUGCUCUUCACACAGUUCAUGGCCACCGUCUCUGGCAAAGUCUCCUGUCUAGUGGCCUGCGAUGACCUGACGGUGACCCUGCAGCCCAUCAGCAGGCAGGGCGAGAAGCACGUCGUUCCGCUCUCCGGCAGCAGCGAGACACUCUCGUUCUCCUUCGAUGACGUCCUUCCUGGCAAAUACAAAGUGAGUGUGUCCCAGGAGGACUGGUGCUGGAAGAACAAGUCUCUGGAGGUGGAGGUGCUGGACGCUGACGUCAUGGGUGUGGAGUUCAAACAGAACGGCUACAUCCUCCGCUGCUCCCUAUCGCACGCCAUCACUCUGGAGUUUUUCCAAGAUGUCAGUAAGCCGGAGAAUGUUGGCGUGUACAAUCUCUCCAAGGGCAUCAAUCGCUUCUGCCUUUCCAAACCGGGUGUCUAUAAAGUGACCCCUCGUUCCUGUCACCAGUUUGAGCAGGAGUAUUACACUUACGACACGUCGGCUCCCAGCAUCCUGACCCUCACAGCUGUGCGUCAUCACAUGACGGGGCUCAUAACCACUGACAAACUGCUGGACGUGACGGUCACCCUCAAGUCGUCCAUCGAGAGCGAGCCUGCGCUUGUGCUGGGGCCCCUGCGGUCUCUGGAGGAGCAGCGUCAGGAGCAGCAGCUGCAGGAGAUCGUCCUGCGCCGGCAGGAGCGCGAAGCCGCGGCGAGACGAGAACCCUGGCAUGCAGGAGAAGGCCGACGAGCUACCGGGCCUUUCCACUACGAGUUCUCCCACUGGGCCAGAGCUGGAGAGAGGAUCACAGUGACCCCCUCUUCAAAGGAGCUCCUGUUCUACCCACCUGAAGUGGAGGCCAUCAUCACUGGAGAGUCGUGUCCGGGCAGGACUGUGAACAUCGUGGGCCGGGCUGGGCUCUUCCUGGAUGGCCGCGUGUCUCCGGAGCUGAAGGGGGUGGAGAUCUCCAUCACCCAGAGGGGAGCCACGGAGCCUGUCGUCAUGCUCACCGAUGACAACGGGGUCUACAGCGUCGGCCCGUUGCACAGUGACCAGGAGUACGACAUCAGUGCCAACAAGGAGGGCUUCGUCCUCACCCCAGUGGAGGGCACGACGGGAGACUUCAAGGCCUUCGCCCUGGCAGGAGUCACCUUCGAGAUCAAGGCGGAGGAUGGGCAGUCUCUCUCCGGGGUCCUGCUCUCCCUCAGCGGGGGAAGCUUCCGCUCCAACCUCCUCACCCAGGACACCGGCUUCCUAACAUUCAACAACCUGAGCCCAGGUCAGUACUACUUCAAGCCCAUGAUGAAGGAGUUCCGCUUUGAACCCGCCUCCCAGAUGAUCACCGGGGAGGGCGAGAAUCUCCAAAUCACCAUCACAGGCUUCAAGACGGCCUACAGUUGCUAUGGCACGUGCAGCUCUGAGCGGCGACGCAGAGUCGGUGUGGCGGUGGAGGCGGUGGGCCAGGGCGAGUGCAGCAUCUACAGCGAGGACACGGUCACCGACGACGACGGGCAUUUCAGACUACGUGGUCUGCUGCCUGGGUGCAAGUAUCUCAUCCAGCUGAGGCCCGAGGGCAACGACCACAUCGAACGAGCACUGCCCCAGCACCGGCCAAUCGAGGUUGCCAGCAACGACAUUGAGGGGGUGAACAUCAUAGCAUUCCGACAAAUCAACCAGUUUGACCUCAGUGGCAACAUCGUAGCUCCACCUGAGCACCUGACCUCACUCUGGGUAAAGCUUUAUAAGAAUGACAACCUGGAUAACCCCGUUCAGAGUGUGUCCUUGGGACAGUCCUUCUUCUUCCACUUCACUCCACUGAAGAGAGACGGAGAGAGCUACAUGCUAAUGCUGGACACCACCCUCUCUCGCUCCCAGUUUGACUUUACCCUCCCCCAGGUGUCCUUCACAUCCAAGGACUACCACAAGCACGUCACCCUGAACUUCAACCCCUCUAGGAAGGUCCCUGAUCAGGAUGUGGCGCAGGGAUCCUACAUUGCCCUUCCUCUUACACUACUACUUCUAUUAGCUGCAUACAACCACGAAAAGGUGAUCCCUCUGCUGCUCCAGCUGGUGAGCCGCAUGCAGGGCGUCCGCUCCCUGAGCCAGGCCAGCGGGGACAGCCUCGCCUUGGACGAGGCCAAACGCCAAGCCAAGAGGCUCAAGGCCCGCCGGACGUAACUCCCACCUCACCACUCCCCCAACUCACCAUCACUAUCGCCACCACCACCGCCGCCAUACCCCAGAGACCCUCAACCCCACCGCCAGUUACACCAGACUGCGCGGUUACCACAUGGUCCCUCUCCCAGAAGGCCGUGCUCCUCCAUACAGUCUUUGAACUGCUCUAUCUGUUCACCAUCCACCUGACAAGAUACGGACGGUGAAGACUGGUGUGUGAACAUGAAGCUCUUGAGGUCAAGUGUGUUUCGAAGAUGAGGAGGAACCAAACAGUAGAUUAUAACAAAUAAUAUUGUUGCGAAAUAAGAUCCCAACAGUAGAUUAGAAUUAUCAAGGACUGAAAUUUCCCCACCCGGGUUUUGGGUGAGGGUCUUCAUUCUGUCCAUAAUGUGGUCUUCACACGGCCUGUUGUGACCUGCAUCUUGUGGUUGUGCCAUUCUGGCUUGCCAUUCAUAUGUUUUUAGGUGGUAGUAGAUUUGGGGGUGACUGUUAAUUCUUUUAUAUGGUUCCUGAUAUAUUGUGGCUGAUGGUAUAAUGUGAACGUGUGUGUGUGUGUGUGUGUGUGUGUGUAGGUAUGUGUGUAUGUGUGUAUGUAUACGAGUAUGCAUGUCUGUGCAAGUGUUGCUCAGGAAGAAUUUGUGAUAAAAGCAAAAUCACAAACAUAGGUCCACUUGAACACUCUAUAGAAAUGACUGUGGUCAAACAGUGUAGCUAGCGAUUAAUUGAGUAAUUUAUUAAUUUAUUAAUCCCUGUUUUAGAACCUCUGAACUAAUACAGUGACUCCGAUGAAAUGGAUUACUGAUAUGAUCUACUUAGUGGUACUCGUUAAAUUGACAUCCCUAACUUAAAUGUCCUACAUCCAUGCAAAUUCACUUGCUAAAAUGAAACACAUGAGACGUUUUUGUAAAUUGGUUAAUUGUCUUGAUUUUUUUUAUAAAACUAAUGAAGCCAAAUGCUGUUUCAGCAGGCAGCUUAACCUGUUUUGAUUGACUGCUUGAGCGGGCAGCUUAACCUGUAUUGAUUGGCUGUAUUUUUCUCCCAAAACCUUGCGGUUCCCGGGUUGAGGAGUGUGAUUAGCAGAGAACGACUGAGAUUUGAUAAAGGUGAAUAAAAGAUUUUUGCGAGAACUGAA